AUGGCCAACUCGGGACGCUGGACGGCUGCGGAGCUCAAGUACCUCGACCACCUCGUGGGCUGCUACCUCACAGGUAUCCUCGACGACAGCGACGACGAAGCCGAGCGACUUACGCUGCGGCAAUACGUGGCGCGCCAGCUGCGCUGCGACCCCAUGCGCGUCACGAAGCGACUCAAGAAGGGCAAGAUGCUCGCCAACGCGCGGCUGCAGGCGAACUUCAACCGCCGCGUCUACCACAAGCUCAUCGACUACUCGGCGCUCGACGUCGAGCGGCUCAUGGCGCUCAAGGACGCGCGCAACAAGUUCCUCGCCGAGCUUGAAAGCAAAGUCGCCAAGAAAGAGGGCAGCGAACCUCGGGUCACACGCGGGUACCUCUCGCUCUCCGAGCAGCUCAACGGCGCACCCGGCACGCACGAGCUGCAGCACGAAGCCCACGCGAUGCUGCUCUUACGGGGCAACGCCGAAGCGGUGUGGACGAUCUAA